ACAAACUGAGCUUUGCCAGCAAGUUUUCCAUUAAGCUCCAGAUCAGAGUUCCAUAAAUGGAUUGUAACAAUACCGAAAAAUCUGAAAGCCAGGAGCAAGAGAUUGAACAUUUGCAGAGGACCAACAAUGCCCUGGAAACUCAAAUUCAGCAUCUGUUGGAAAGUAAAGAGGAUGUGACCAGCAAGAACGAGCAAUUGUGCAAAGAGCUGACAGAGAUUGACAAAUUAGCUGAACAGCUUGAAAAGGACAAAGAGACGGUUGUAAACACUGCAGAUAAGGAAAUUGAAGAGACAAAGACUGUGAUUAAAAGACAACAAACAGAAAUCGCCUUGCUGGAGAAUACCGUAACUAAGCUUAGAUCUGAAACAGAAUUUUUGAAGAUUAGCCUUGAAAAAUCUGAUGAAGAGCUGAAAGCCAACGCAGAAGAGAAUAAGAAUUUACAUGGUUUGUUAGACCAACUUCAAACAGAAAAAGAAAAGCUCAGCAAGAAAGUUGAGAAGCUUGGUGUUUCAGAAAAAGAGCUCAUAUUAGAAGCUGAAAGGGUACCAGGACACCUAAAGAGGAAGGACAAGUCUCCUUCUCGCCUCGACUCCUUUGUAAAGACUUUGGAGGAAGACCGGGAUCACUACAAAAGAGAGGCACAAAACCUGAGAAAGAUGCUAAAAGGAAGGAAUUCAAGUCCAGUGCGCAGCAAAUCCCGAGGUCGUAGCCCAUCAAGGUCCAUGCCAGUCAAGGGAGGGACCUAUGAUUCGGAGGUGAUGCGGAUUAUGCAUGAGCGUGAUGAGCUCAGAGCCAUGCUGGAAAAGUAUGAGCGUCACAUGGCUGAAAUUCAAGGCAACAUUAAAGUGUUAACAGCAGACAGAGACCAGGCUAACAUUCUACAUGAACAGGCCCGGGAAGAGAUAACAAGGCUUCGGAGGGAGAUAAUCAAGUCCACAAAAACUCCUAAAUCAAGCCUUGCAGCACACUCCAUUCUCCGACGUGUGGAGGCUGAAAGGGACCAGGCAACUGCUGACCUGCGGAGGAUGACCACCGAGCGGGACAGUCUGAGGGAGAGGUUACAGAUAUCCCACGAGACUGCUAUCAAUGAGAGGGCUCAUCUGGAACAAAGAACAGAAGAUCUGCAGUCAGAAAUAAUCUUGCUGGACAAAGAGCGUCAGGAGUACAGAUCCAGGCAGUCCAUGAUGAAGGAAGCACUGCUGUCUCUUGAAGAGGAGGUCAAACUGUUGACUCGCAAGGCAGCAGACACUGAGGAUGACCUCGACAGGACUGGAACAGAAUGCAGCAUUUUAAGAGCAACAAAUAAGCAAAUGGAGCAGACCCUAAAUGAGAACCAGCUUCGACUGUCAGUGAAGAUCAAUGAACUGGAGGUUUCUCAGGAGAAACUCAAACGAAUGGAGGAAAAAAAUGAUUUCCAAGCAGUGCAGAUUGCUUCGCUUCGAGAAGAGAUCCUCAAUCUCCAGAGUAUUAUCACCUCACUAGACCAGGAUAAGGACUCCUUACAGGAAACUGUGGAUACAAAGACUGAGCUGAUCUCUGCCUGUCAGAGUGAGAUAGAGGAGAAGGAAAAUUUCAUCAAGGAUUUGAAAAUUUCUAUUGAGAAAAUGGAGACUACAGCAAAGAAGUUGAAUGAGACUGUCAGCAGUCGGGAGAGAGAGAUUAGCAGUGUCCGCCAAGAGCUCGACUCUGUGAAUGAAGAACUUGCCAAGACAGGCAGAGCCAAAGAGGCUGCUGUGCGGGAGUGCAGCCAGCUCCAAGAUGCCCUUUCCAAGGCCAGGCUUGAAAACCAGUCCCUGCUCCGCAAGUUGGAUGAUUCUGGACAAGUAGUUAACAACCUGAAGCUGAAAGUUCAGGAUUACAUGAACGAUGUUGCACGAGUAGAGAAUCUGCUUACAUCUAAGGAUAAGGAGAACCGCGAGCUCCUGGAUAACUACUGUCGAGCCGUGUCUCAGUCUGAGAACUGGGAGAGCAAGGCACACAAGAUGGAAGGGGAGGUCAGCUCUGUGAGGCUGGAGCUUCUUACCAGCGAGUCUGAGAGGCGAAGAUUGAAGGAAAACAUUGAAACCCUGGAGAGAGAUCUUGAUGAAUCCUUGGUGGCGGAAGAUGCCUGUAAAAGUCAGAUUUCCCAUCUGAACAAGAGCAUAAUGAGGCUAGAAGAUGAGCUGAGACAGACGCAGUCACAAAAAGCGUCUGUCUUCUCAGAUCUGGAGUCCACAAGGGAGCUUUGUAUCAAACUGGACACCAGCAAGGAGAUGACAAGCAGACAGCUUAGCUCCAAGAACCUGGAGAUGGAACAAGUGCUGAAUGAGCUGGAAUCGAAACGCUCAGAAAUCGAGCUCCUCAAGAAGCAGCUGGCAAGUGAGAGGCUUUCCAUGAAAAACCUGGAGAGCUUGCUGGUAACCAACAGAGAGAAGGAAUAUCACAGCCAGAUGACCACUCAAGAGAAGCUGUCUGAGAUCGAGCUGCUGCGAGACAAACUCACGUUGGCCGACAGCAAGAUAUUAAAUCAAAGUCGUGAGGUUGCUCAGGUCAGAAGCAAAUCAGCACAGUUGGAAGCAGAACUGGAAUUGACUAAUCGGCAAUUAUCAACCGAGCGGUUUGAAAGGCAAGUGGAGCGCGCUGUGAAAGAGCUUCGUCGCCACGGCCUGUCUGCCUCACUAAGCUCCACCUCUCCACCGAGAAGGUCCCUCAGCCCCAGAGCCGCCUACUUGCCUGAACGUUCCUUCCUGCGAUCCCCAGAACGCUCACUGGACAGGUCAUUCGACAGGAAUGUUUCUUUCAGGGACUUCUAAGACUACACUACUGAAAGAGGAAACACGAUUGUUACCACAAAUCAAAUGUUCUGUCUGAAGAUAUUAUACCUUUACUGUGAAGAAAACUUGUUUUUGCCAAAAAUAUUUUUUCAGGUAAAUAAAAAAAAAAAACCUAGGGUUUACAAACAAUAAAAUAAUAAUAUAUUUGAGCAAGACAUAAUCUAAAUGUAUUACCUUUACUGUAUUUUAAUAAGGAUGAUUUUUAAAUGAGUUUUAAAUACACAUACAUGCAUACAAACAUACUGUGCAUAGUGUAGAUGCACAUCUUAUAUGCACACAUACAUGCAUACAUAAGUACAUUACAUACAUGAGUUCCCAUUCAUUUUAACACAUUUUUAUAGGAGAAUGAUAAAUGUUUACAUUUGAAUAGAGAAACAAAAAAAUGUCUGACUGUAACAGCUAUUUCUAGAUGGAUGUUCCCAUUGGUUCAUCUGAAAAGAUAUGACAUUAGAAAAUGGAUCAGUGAUUUCCUUUAACCUGAUUGGUCAAUACGAGGGCUUUAAUUUCUGGUAAAGAACCUCAAAUCGUAUCUUUCAGACUAUGUUUCAUCACUGUUCCAAAUCAAUACGCUAGAAAAUACGGAAAUACAGUAUUUAUGUAUUUUACCUUUUUUCUGCUUGAUGAAAGAAAAAUCUCUGUUCUUGUACACACCCUCUGAAUGUUGUCUGUCAAUGUUUCCUCACUGUCCUAUACGUGCAGUCUAUCUAUUUAAAUUUAGUAUAGCAAAUAAAGUAAAAAAUCAAAUAAAAUCAAGAAUAGUGUUUGCUGUCAGCAUCAAUACAGUCACCACAAUAGCAAUGAGUCUCCAGUUUGAAUGACGAGUUGAAGAAAUCAAACAACUGGAUGCAGUCUGAUUACUUUCAGCAGCUUCAUUUCAGCAUAUCACAAUAACACACAGGACAGUGCUCUCUUCUUAACAAAGCCAGGAAGGAGGCUUUGGAUAAACGUUAUGAACAAGCUACUGAACAAACAGCAGAAACAGAAUUAACACAUUAACACUACGAGAUAUUUUUAAUUUACUAUUUUUAAAAAACUUUUCUUAUUUUUUUUUUAUUUCACUAAUACAUUUUAGGACCUAAUGGUAACUUAAAUACUGAAACUUACACAAAUACACACCCUCAAAGUUAGCUGUACUUUUAUUCUUCUAUAUGUUUUACAAACCGUUCACAAACCAUGUCCACUUUUCUGUACGAGGUGUCUGAACUGAGGAACAGCUUCAUCGGCUUCAUCGGCUCGAGACAUUUAACAGCACGAGGUGAGCCAUACCAGAUGGUAAAGCCCUCUUAUUCCGGUUCUAUUGCUUAAAUAAUUAGCCAUCAGCAUAGACAGAGUGCAGCCUUACCAGUAGUCUCAAAUGCCUCCUAUCUAGAGUGAUCACAGUUUCACUGAAUCAUCUGAUUUAGGUCACAUUUUAACAGCAUUGUUAUACUGUACAGUGUUUUCCACAGCAUUUAGGACUAUUUCAAUCAACAUGUAUACUAAUUACAAUUUAAUCCAGUGUAAUGGCAUGUUUUAAAAAUAUUUUAUGAGUGAUGGCCUUUUACCUCUAUUCAGAAUUCAUAAAGCAAACUGACAUUUUAAAGGAACAGGAGUAAGACUUAAUAAGUAUCUUGUUGACUUUGAUACUGACCAUAAAACUCCUUUGGUUUUAUGGUCAGUAUCAAAGUCAACUAGAUUUUGACACUAGUUGACACUGUGAAUGCAAACUCUCAGCUGAAAUUAUAUGUAUAGUUGUCACUCAGAUUCUAAUUGGGACAUUUUAUUGGUGCUGUAUUAUAAUAUUUAUUAUGAACAAUGAAUUAGUUAUUUUAUAACGUUUGUGGGUUUUUUUACAUUACUAAAAAUUUGUAUGCAUUAACAGAAUUUAUGCAAGUUUUUUUGUUGAAUUCUUUUCAGUAAUGUUAAUUUUUUACAUACAUGCGAUAAAUGCAAUUAUUUUGUACUUUAUAGGA